UCUGGGGGUGACUGUAUGAAAGAGACCAACGUGGGUUCAAAGCCACGCAGAAACCGCGGGAGGGGUUGGAGCUCUGUACUGUCUUCUCCUUCCAUCUCCGAUUCCCGUUUCUGUCUUUGCUGUCUACUAACCCUUCUUUUUCAAAAUCAUUUGAAUCGCACACUCCUCUCCGUCCCACAUCCAUCAUUCCCCAGAAUAACACACAACCAUGCCUGCACCUUCACCGACGUCGACUUUCAUCUGUAUCUUCCUUUUCUUCACCACUAGCUGUGCCGCCCUUGCUGCUCCGCGCUUCAAAGAAGCCCCAAAGUUCUACAACUCCCCCAACUGCUCUGACGACGCUAUCCACGUAGCGAUGACCCUCGACGUCACCUACCUUCGCGGCUCAAUGGCCGCCAUCCUCUCCGUCCUCCAACACUCUUCCUGUCCCGAGAACGUCGUUUUCCAUUUUGUCUCCGCCGCUUCCAUGCUUUCUUCCGCUCCCAUCCUCAACCUCACCAUCUCCGCCUCCUUCCCGUACCUCAAAUUCCGAAUCUACCCCUUCGAUGACGUCACCGUCGCUGGGCUAAUCUCCUCUUCCAUCCGCACCGCAUUGGACUGCCCUCUCAACUAUGCCCGCAACUACCUCCCCAAUCUCCUCCCUCCUUCUGUCCGCAAAGUCGUCUACCUCGACUCCGACUUGGUCCUCUUCAAUGACAUUGCAGAACUAGCUGCCACUCCGAUGGGCUCCAACCAGGUCCUUGCUGCUCCCGAAUACUGCAACGCCGAUUUCACCGCCUACUUCACGCCGACGUUUUGGUCCAAUCCGUCCUUGUCGCUCACGUUUGCGGGUCGCGGACCUUGCUAUUUCAACACCGGGGUGAUGGUGAUCGAUUUGGAGCGGUGGCGUGCCGGCGAUUACACAAGGAAGAUUGAGGAGUGGAUGGAACUGCAGAAAAGGAUUCGGAUCUACGAGCUGGGAUCACUGCCGCCGUUCCUGCUGGUGUUCGCCGGGAACAUAGCGCCGGUGGAUCACAAGUGGAAUCAACAUGGGCUCGGCGGCGACAACUUUAGUGGGCUUUGCAGGGAUUUGCAUCCGGGCCCGGUGAGCCUGUUGCACUGGAGCGGGAAGGGUAAGCCCUGGGUUCGGCUAGACGCCAACAGGCCUUGCCCUCUGGAUGCCCUAUGGGCUCCCUACGAUCUGUUAGAGACGCCCGUCGCUCUGGAUGCUUAGGCCAUCCAAUUCUUCUUCUUCUUCUUUUUUUUUUGCUUCCAUGAAUAAGAUUAAAAAUCUAUCAUCGUCCUUUUCUUUUUA